AUGACGGUGAGGAACCACACUCCAGUCACUGAGUUCCUCCUGAUGGGCAUCCCGCACACAAACGGGCUGGAAAAUGUGCUCUUUGUCUUGUUCCUGGCCUUCUACCUGCUCACUCUGCUGGGGAAUCUGCUCAUUCUCCUGGCCAUCCUCACUUCCUCUAACCUCCACACUCCCAUGUAUUUCUUCUUGGGAAACUUGUCAGUGUUUGACAUAUUUUUCCCUUCAGUGAGCUCCCCCAAAAUGAUGCUCUGCCUGAUGGGGCAAAGCAGGACCAUCUCCUACCAGGGCUGUGCCUCCCAGCUCUUCUUUUACCAUUUCCUGGGUUGCACCGAGUGUUUCCUCUACACCGUGAUGGCCUACGACCGCUUUGCUGCCAUCUGCCACCCGUUGCGAUACACCGUCAUCAUGAGCCAUCGGGUGUGUGCCACCAUGACUCUGGGCACUUGGAUGGGGGGCUGUCUGCAUGCAUCUGUCCUCACAUUCCUCAUCUUUAAGUUGCCCUACUGUGGCCCCAAUGAGGUGGAUAAUUUUUCCUGUGAUAUUCCAGUGGUGCUGCCCCUGGCCUGUGCGGACACCUCCCUCGCCCAGACGGUGAGUUUCGUCAACGUAGGUGUUGUUGCACUCAUGUGUUUUCUUCUUAUCCUCACUUCUUAUACUCGCAUUGUUAUCUCUGUAUUGAAAAUCAGCUCCGCAGAAGGCAGGCGCAGAGCCUUCUCAACCUGCAGUGCCCAUCUGACUUCCAUCCUGCUAUUCUAUGGACCAGUGGUCCUCGUUUAUCUCCGACCUGCCUCGAGUCCUUGGCUGGAUUCUGUGGUUCAGGUGUUGAAUAAUAUUGUUACCCCUUCCCUGAAUCCUUUGAUAUAUACCUUGAGAAACAAAGAUGUAAAGUUGGCGCUGAGAAAGGCAUUAAUUCAAGGAGUACGUGAUUGUGGAGAGUAA